CACGGUCGACUGGAGUAAUCACACAUACGAGCGACGACAACGACGACAAGCUGUUCAUCGGCGACUACGACGGCGAAUACGGAAGCUUCAGGAUUCUGUCAUGAAUAAAAAUCCUUUCAUACCGCAACCGACAUACAACCCACCGCAACCACCACUUCCUCCAGGACCACCGCCUGCUGCACCUCCAGAUUAUUCCGCUUAUUGGGUAGCUGCAGCUCAGCAGCAGCAACAGCAGCAACAAGCGACUCCAGCCUACACUCCAGCAUGGUCUGCUCCUCAACAGCCUCCAAGACCGCCCCCUGAACAAAGUGCUUUGUAUGCAAACUACGGCUAUGGUGGUCAGGGCAUGCACUGGCAGCAGAGACAUAGUCAACAACAGUAUCAACCACCACCGCCUGUGAUCCAACCACCGCCACCUCCACCUCAACAACAGUACAAUCCGUAUCAACCAUCCGUUGGCUAUCAGCAACCGUAUGUCCCUCAACCCCAACAGCCAAUCGUAGCCCAACAGCAGCCUGCGUACCCGCAUGUGACACAAACAAUGGCCCCUCCGCAACAGUAUUUUCCUCAACAACAGCCACAGCCCCAGCAGCAGCCUCGACAUAAUCAUGGUCUUCAUCACACCCCACCCCAACAUCUUCCUCCUGCCAAACGCCAACGGUUUGAUGGCCCGAACCAACAUCACGGUCAGAACCGACAACUUGGGGCACCCCCUCCUCAGCCUCAGUUUCAACCACCUCCCGCGCCGCCGGGGAAUGUGGAAACAGAGGUGGCAUUGGUGGAAGAGGAGGCAACUAUGAACUCCGGAAGAGGUAGAGGUGCAGUUAUGAGCGGAAACCGGGGAGGGUUAACCGGACAACGUGGCGGCAGAGGUGGCGGCAUGUUCGUGAAUAGUGGCAGCGGACGAGGUGGCGUCGCUACUCAACAAAAUUCUCUACGUGGACACGGCUCGAGAGGAGGCUUUAACAAGGACUUUCACAAUCGUAGAGGAGGUGGGUCGUUCAAUACCGGACAUCAGCACCAUCAAAACAAUGCUGCGUUCCGUGGACGAGGACAAGGACAUACUUCAGGUCGUGCAGGCCGUCAGGAUGGUAGUACAAAUUUUGGAAACCGUGAUGCAUCGCAAUUUGCAAGCAGCGGUAAGAAGGACGAAAAUCGGCGCACGCUCACUGACUUUAAAAUUGUGGGCCUCGAGAUGCCUGAACUUGGAUGGACGUGGGGAGUGCUACCAUCGCCUAUCAAGGCUGAAGAAAAAGAGGUCGCUGCUUCUCUUUUGGAAUCCUCACAAGAGCAAGUUAAGGAUGAAGACAUGCAUGCUGGUGCCGCGACAUCAGAACCCGCACCGACAGACGCGGCAGAUACGAAGCCAGAUACUUCCUAUCAGGAGCAGUCGUCCUCGUUGACGACGCCUCCACCCUCUCGCAUCCGCAUUUAUUUUCACACUCCUGUUUCUCCUGAUGACUCGCAUCCAAUUCCGCACAAUGCUUCGUAUAUUGCACCUCCAGACAUGCGUAAAGGCAAGCGCAAGAAGCUUGAGGAUGAUGAUGGCGAUGCAGAGGAAGGUCGAGAAAGACCGCCUCCUCCUCGCAGCAGCCAGGUGGACGAUAACACCAGUGUUGACUUGGAUGGAGUGGGCCGCGGAAGCGCAGCGCCCAGUGUGGCAGAAACUGCCAGUGAAGGUGAUUGGCUCAUGGCCGCUAUCGCUGAGGAUGAAGGCGAUGUAGGCGCCGAUGCCGACGCAGCUACUACUGUUGAUGACAUGGAUGAAGAGGAGAGCCAUGCUGCAAGUGUUCUCCAUUUCGUUCCUGCUACAAGUACUUUUCUCAAUGGGAAUGGCUCCCAUAGUACUGAGAUGGACGGAAUUGCCUCUUCAGGAGGUGUUCAUGAGCAGUCUGAUGGCUCACAUACCGGGGACAAUCAUGAUGUUGUCCUGGAUGUUGAAGGGGUCAAGCCAUCAGCGUCCCCAGAUGUCGCUGCUGUUGACCUUGGUGUAAACCACGGUAGUGCUGCUGCGAUACAGCCGAACGUGGACAUAUUGGUUUCUGCACCUGAAGAGGGUGGUGAUGCUUCGCCAACCACCCAGCCUGUUGAUGAUGAAAAUGUUGAUAGGCUCUUUGAUGCAUCAGCUACUCUAGCUGAUCCUUCUCAUGCUAUUUAUUUGAGCUCUUCCUUUGACACGAGUUCUUCUACUGGUCGUGGUUCUCCUCCUGUUGUUCAGUCUGAUAUGCCUCAUAGCGAGAAACAGUCUACUGAUGAUGCUGGGUACCUUGAUACGCAGGUAUCCGACAUGCAGACUUCCGACCCGAAGCCCCUUCAAGCAGAGGCGUCACUCACGUCAACAAUUCUCGACGAGGAUAUGGGUGUUGGCACAUACUCAGAAGAGCAAGUUGUCUUAGAGCUUACCGGCGAAAUUUCGGUCGAGCACGAAGAAGUCGCUAUGCACACCAAAGUUGCCAACGAACCUGCGGAUCAAGAGCACCUUCCUGAGCCCCCUGCCUCUCCUACUUCAAAUACAUUGUUGUCAACCUCUUCUGGUUCAACAUAUGGCGAACCGUCGCACCCUCCAGCAAGUACGGUAGUCUCGAAAGGUGGCCGAGUGCCAUCUGCAAACCGCCUGUCAAUAUCUUAUGCUGCCGGCAGCAGGCGUUUGGUCGUAGACGCAGAAGUGGUCGAAUACUUGAAGGUUUACAGAUCUGAGGGUCGAAUUGAAGUCCACAUAUCCCUCGAUAAAGGUAGCGAUGAUGGCCUGAAGGGCGUUUUGAUCGAAGGACUUUCUGAUGCGACAAAAUCAUAUUCUCCUUUACCGACGCUUUCUGAAGCGUCCAGCACUGACGAGACCCUACCUUCCUUCUCGAAGGCCACGCUACCUUCAAAGAUCACUUUAAUGGUCCAUCUUGAUACUGAGCGUCCAUUGUCGGAACCUAAGUGGGUUAAAUCGGGCGAUGUCCAGGAGUGGCUAAAGAGCAUGUUUGGAAGAAUGUUCUGGGUAGCAGGAGAUGCUGCUGAUGGGUGGGAAAAAAAGAUCGCGGUUGUAGAUCCUGACCCAGCUCCGACGAUCUGGACAGUACUGGAUGGGUGGGCAGUCAACUCCCCUGUUGGUGUUCCCACAGAACGACAGCGCUUCGUGAAGACACAUUUGACUGAGGUAGAUAACAUGAUGGAGAUUCUUCUCAGGUUGGUCAGAGGCGAGCGCGCCACCCCCUUUUCCCAAUCUACGCCUGCAAUAUCGGCUCCAAGCGUGUCGGGGCCACUUUUGGCUGCUCUUUCACAGUCUUCGUCGCACGGUGCCCAGCAGACGCACGUAUCGUUGGCGGUGCUAGCGUUGUUCCACUUGUCGGUGGAUUUUGCGCGGAAGGCUUCUGGUGAGAAGGGAAAGGCAGAGGCAGAGGAAAAGAUGAGUGAGAUAAUUCGAUGUCUGCCAUCCCACCUAUUAUACAAGAGUCUGGACGGAAUGUUCAAGGAAUGGAGAGCGGACAAGAAGGGAAGCCGUUGACAGUGACUCAUAGAUAUCGCCUUUUGAGCAUUCUUUAUUUUGUACCAAGCGUUAAGUUAAAGUUGUUACAAGGGUACAUUUAUACUU